AUCCACAAACACUCACUCGCACAUGCCUUCAUCGUUUCUCUCUUCAGAAGAAUACCCAAUUGAAAACCCAUGAUGACGUAGAACCCAAGAUUUCUGCUAAAAAGAGUUUAAAUUUUUAGACAAGAAGGAAGAAUUCAUUACAUAUAAAUGAGGCCAUGAAAACAUUGUUGUCCAGGUUAAAGUAUCCUUGUAAUGACAGCAUUCAUGCAAGUGGGUGGUGGUUUUACUCAUCAUCGUCCUCAUCCUCAUACAAGAAGAAGAAGACUGGUGUAAUAGUAAUGGGAAAGAACAGCAACAGCAACAGCAACAAUAAGUCUAAGGAUUCCGAGUCAGCUCCUCCAAGAAUUACGUCAAAUCUCAAGCAGAAUUUGCAGUUUCUGAAGUUAUGGAAGGAAUUCCAAAAGAGGAAGACUACCACACCCAAGCCUGCUACUAGUUACCGCAAAAAGAAGGUGGAGAAGGAGGACCUUCCCGAAGAUACUGAGCUCUAUCGUGAUCCUACCUUAUCUCUCUACUAUACAAACCUGGUUAUAGAUGAUGCUGUCCCUGUCUUGCUUGUUGAUGGCUAUAAUGUAUGUGGCUAUUGGCCAAAGCUGAAGAAGCAUUUUAUGAAUGGAAGACUUGAUAUUGCCAGACAAAAAUUAAUUGACGAACUUGUAUCGUUCAGUAUGCUCCGAGAGGUAAAAGUGGUAGUUGUCUUUGAUGCCAUGAUGUCAGGGCUUCCCUCACACAAAGACAAUUUUGUUGGUGUUGAUGUGGUUUACUCGGGGGAAUCAUGUGCUGAUGCAUGGAUUGAGAGAGAAGUAGCAGCCUUGAGAGAAGAUGGCUGCCCCAAAGUAUGGGUUGUGACUUCAGAUCGUAAACAACAGCAUGCGGCACAUGGAGCAGGAGCAUAUAUCUGGAGUUGUAAGGCUUUAACUUCUGAAAUUAAGGCUACACACAAGGAGGCGGAAAUGAUGCUUCAAGAACAAAGGGACACUUCUUUUCAAGGUAAAUUGUUAAAGCACAAUCUUGAUUCUGAAGUUGUAGAUGCUCUCAAGGAUCUAAGGAAUAAGCUAGCCCAGAAUGAGUCAAAAAGUAAGUAAUCAAAGUUUGUUUUGGAUCAAAUGUUUUUAUAUUUAAUAUUUUAGUGGCCUAGUUUCUGUUUGAUAAAUGUAUAAAAGAAAUAGUGCCACUGAAAAAUAGGCAGUUUAAGAUUACCAUUUGCCAAUGUAAUUACCUUUUCCAGGGUGGUUGUUCAUUUGUAUUUUUCCUGGGAGUGGGCUGCUGCUUGUAAUCUGAUUUCUUGUUUGCAAAAUGAUACUAAAAUUUUAA